CACUGGCAAGAGACAUCCAACAUCCCGGCGUCCGCGUUCGACAUCACUGCAUGAGCUGGGGUUCCAAUUAAUCACCUUCGUCGCCUUAACCAACCCUCCCCUCUCCCCAAGCCUCUGUGCAAGCGACUGUAGCUCCCAUGGCUGCAAACAUGUUCUCCCGCAGGGCGCUGCAAGCGACGACCCGGCGAUUGGCCGGGACCAACACUUCCAUUUUCACCAAGACGCCUCUGUCGAGAUUACCUGCUCCUGCGGCGGUUGCGACGGGUCAACAUCUUCAAUACAGACCGGCAGCGAGCACAGCACACGUCUCUCAAUCCGAAGCAGAACAAAUCCUGGCUGCCCAGCGCCGCCACCGACCCGUCUCCCCCCAUCUAGCCAUCUACCGGCCCCAAGUAACGUGGUACCUGUCGGCUCUUAACCGUAUCACGGGCGCCACCCUUGCGGGAACUCUGUACGUCUUCGGAGCCGCCUAUCUGGUCUCGCCCCUGUUCGGCUGGCAUUUGGAGUCGGCGACUUUGGCCGCGACCUUCGCCUCUCUCCCCAUCCUGGUCAAGGUCGCCUUGAAGGCCUUCUACGCUUUCCCGUUCGCUUUCCACGGAUUCAAUGGAAUCAGACAUUUGGUUUGGGACACCGGUGCGACUUUGACGAAUCGACAGGUCAUCAUUACCGGAUGGACCGUGGUUGGGUUGAGCACGCUCACCGCUUUGGGAUUGACUUUCUUCUAAACGAGGAGCGCAUGCCAUGCAGCUUGCGUGCUGGUGGGUGGUAAAGUCGAACUGGGAAGGUUGCGACUUCGCAGCUCAACGGCACAUGGAAGGUUGACAAAUUGUAGAUUACGAGUUCAUAUUCCUGACAACUUGGAAGAAACAGAGAUGCAAACGUGAUGAAUCCACAAACUGCUUUUUGAUUCCGAUCUGAGUGAGACUGGUGAUUAAAGCUCGAGGCUGUCGGGCUACGUACUCUGAACAAAUCACUGACAUCAAUGACAUUAACAAACCCACCGAGCCAUUAAACACAUAUCCUUCGUACCCUUUCCCGCCGGCGCAAUGCUGUAAAUCAGUUUUUUGAGCAAAGGCAAUAUACUUGAUGGCAAAGCAAGCUCCUCACAGGGGAGUAACAGAU